AAGCUUCGAAUUUUUUAAAAAUAUUAAAUUUGUGAAGAAAUAUGUCUAGUGUCCGAAUUCUUAUAAGACUUUUGUUCAAAAAAAUCCAACAAACACCUCUGAAAAUUUAAAUACCAUAUGAACAAAAAGAGUCAAACUUGGAAUCGUCACUAAACUUUUAAAUAUAAGAUAUGCACUAAGAUACAAGAGGAGAAGGUCUAUAAUUCAAAUAGGUGACCGCAGAAGAUAAUAAUUGUGUAUGGGUGUUCUUAUCUAUAUAAUUUGGCUUCUUGGUAACUCAGUUUUUCUCUCUGCUUGGAUAUAAAAUGAAGUGUCUCUACGAAGUACAAACCAAAAGAAAGAGAGCAAAUUAAGAACUAAAAGAAAGAGACAGAGAAAGAUGGGAAAGAAGUUUUCUUCACAAUUACGUCAAAUACUCGUUUUGGUUAUGCUGCUUAUCGUCUUCCCUUGCGUUAGCCAAUCGGCUCCAUUAUCAGUUACCGGUUUCGGUCAUCAAACCGGGAAAACAGAUCAUACAAACAAAAAUUCAGCUGCACGAAUUCUAUAUCAAUCGGCCAAACCUGCUCGUUUUAAAGUAAAAGCACGUGGAAUUGAAGACGUGGGACAAGAGCGAACACACUCCAUAAAUAUCAAAAAAUCUGGAAGAAGCGUGGAGAAAACUCACCAAUCAGAAGGUAGGAGACUGAGCAUUUAUUUUCCAAAAGCGGGCAUAAGGGCAGGACCUUCAAAAAGUGGUCAGGGUGGUGGUCGCAUUCCCGUAGCCGCCCCCUAGUACUUCUAGUUCUACAUGAAUGUAAAUUUUAUUUUCUGCAGUCAUACGUACGGCCUGGUAAGAAGUUUCAGUUAUGCAUAAUUUUAUGUUAGUGUAAUGUUUCGGUGUUUUUAAUAAAGGUUCUCUAAACAUAAUAAAGGUCAAAAAA